AUGGUGCCUCUGGCAAUUACACGUCGGAAAAAAAAAGGAGUUUGGGUACAAAAGAUUCAGACGAAAGAAUCUCCCCCACCAACCAAACCUCUCAUUCCUAACGCCUCCCUCGCUCCUCCUGUCCUUUCCCCCAAACGCCGAGGGACGGAGGCAGAGAUCCACGCCGUUGCUUCACCCAUAAUCGCCAUAACUAAGGAUAAAGCAUACUACGUUACAUGGGUUAUUAUCAACCACAGAAAAAGAAGUUUUCACUCGAGCAUGUGAGGGAAUCUCUCAUCGCCAUCUCUUAUUGUGAACCCGAAAGUUUUUCACAUGUGACUGAAUCUGAAAUCCCAAAAGUUGAGGUUGUGGCUACUCAAACUAAAGUUGACACAGUCAGCAAUGAACUAAGACUGAAACUGAUAUCAAUUGCUUCUUAUUCCCCAUCAAACUGCAACGGCUAUGGUGAGGUUUAAGGCCUCCACCGGUUCCACAUAUUGGUCUUGAUAUGCUCAUGAUAUAAAUAUGGGUGACAAUUGUAUAAAAUUAUAUAAUUCGUGGU